AUGUUUGGAGGGGGGUGCAGAGCCCCCAGUGCUGGGUCUGGGGGUGGCGGUGCUUGGGCAGAGGCCGAGCUUUGGGCCUCUGGUGUCAGGGGGGGAGGCUGCUGCCACCACCCCUCUCGCUGCCGAGCAGCUGCAUCAGGGGCUCGGGGCGUGGGGGACGGGGGCUUUUCGGUCAUUCCUUCCAUUUCCCUGAAGCUCCCCCCCAAAAAAAGCUGUUGGGUCUCCGUUCCCUCUGCCACCGCCGGUCCCUGCGCAGGGAGGAAGGGACAAAUCCUCUUCUCCCGGCCCUGCCCUCGCAGCCCCCUGACCGUUGCCCUCCCCUCUCCCUCCCUCUCCAGGGCCAACCUGGUGGACCUCCAGAAGAAGCUGGAGGAGCUGGAGCUGGACGAGCAGCAGAAGAAGCGCCUGGAAGCCUUCCUCACGCAGAAAGCCAAGGUGGGCGAGCUGAAGGAUGACGACUUCGAGCGCAUCUCCGAGCUGGGCGCCGGCAACGGCGGCGUGGUCACCAAGGUGCAGCACAAACCCUCCGGGCUCGUCAUGGCACGGAAGCUGAUUCAUUUAGAAAUCAAACCAGCCAUCAGGAAUCAGAUUAUCCGAGAGCUGCAGGUGCUGCACGAGUGUAACUCCCCGUACAUUGUGGGUUUCUACGGAGCCUUCUACAGCGACGGCGAGAUUUCCAUCUGCAUGGAGCACAUGGAUGGUGGCUCUCUGGAUCAAGUGUUGAAAGAAGCCAAAAGAAUUCCCGAGGAGAUCCUGGGGAAAGUCAGUAUAGCGGUUCUGAGAGGUUUGGCGUAUCUGAGAGAGAAGCACCAAAUCAUGCACAGAGAUGUGAAGCCUUCUAACAUCCUGGUUAACUCUCGAGGAGAGAUUAAGCUGUGUGAUUUCGGGGUCAGUGGUCAGCUCAUUGACUCCAUGGCAAACUCUUUUGUGGGAACUCGGUCCUACAUGUCUCCCGAGCGGUUGCAGGGCACCCAUUACUCGGUGCAGUCCGACAUCUGGAGCAUGGGCCUGUCGCUAGUGGAGCUGUCUAUCGGAAGGUACCCAAUCCCCCCGCCAGACUCCAAGGAACUGGAAGCAAUAUUUGGCCGUCCUGUGGUGGACGGGGCAGAGGGAGAGCCUCACAGCAUCUCGCCGCGGGCCAGGCCCCCAGGACGCCCCGUCAGUGGCCACGGGAUGGACAGCCGGCCUGCCAUGGCCAUCUUUGAGCUGCUGGACUAUAUAGUAAACGAGCCGCCUCCCAAGCUACCGAACGGAGUUUUCACGCAAGAUUUCCAGGAGUUUGUAAAUAAAUGCUUAAUUAAGAAUCCAGCAGAACGGGCAGAUUUGAAGAUGCUGAUGAAUCACACCUUCAUCAAGCGCUCCGAGGUGGAGGAGGUGGAUUUCGCCGGCUGGCUCUGCAAAACGCUGAGGUUGAACCAGCCCAGCACGCCCACCCGCGCUGCCAUGUGACGGCCGAGCCGACCGCCUGGUGUCAGUACAUCUGCCUCUGUCACCAUUUCCUGUCCUUCAGUAAAUGACAGAACCGCCCUUCUUCCUCUCCCCGGCCCCUUCUCGCCUCGCGUCCCACCGGCAAAGCACCGUCCCUCCGAAAUGUCCAUCGGCUGCCCCCCGCCCCGAGCAAACGCGGGCUUGGUUUCUGUUGGCCUGGGGGCGUCCCGGGCUUCUGCUCCGGCUCUGGAGCUCCUGACACUUGGGAACCGUGGUGCUGCUUGUGUUAAUUUUUCUCUUUUUUUGGAAACAUGUUCACUUGGGU